AUGCCGCGGGAAAUCAUCACCGUGCAGGUCGGGCAGUGCGGGAACCAGAUCGGCUGUCGCUUCUGGGAGAUGGCGCUGAACGAGCACGCGGCGUACAACGCCAAGGCGCGGUACGACGAAGCCCUGAGCAGCUUCUUUCAGAACGUGGACGCGCGUCGCGACCCGCCCGUGAACGUCCCCGUGGGAGACCCGAUACGCGCGCUGAAAGCGCGCGCGGUCGUCGUGGACAUGGAAGAGGGCGUCACGAACGAGCUCCUGACCGGGCCGAUGCGAGACGUGUUCGAUUCGAAGCAGUUCAUCACCGGCCAGAGCGGCUCCGGGAACAACUGGGCGUGCGGGUCGCACCACUACGGCCCGAUGUACCGCGAGAGUCUCUUAGAGCAAGUCCGUCGGCCGGUCGAAGAGGCGGACUCGCUGCAGAGCUUCAUGUUGCUUCACUCCCUCGGCGGCGGCACCGGGAGCGGGCUCGGGUCGUACCUCCUCGCCGCGCUCGCGGACGAGUACCCGGACGUGUACCGGUUCAGCGUGUCCGUGUUUCCCUCGGACGACGACGACGUCGUGACGUCGCCGUAUAACGCGAUGCUAUCGUGCGCCGCGCUCGCGGAGCACGCGGACUGCGUCUUACCCGUGGAGAACCAGGCGUUGAUGGACAUCGUGCAGUCGAUCGAGGCCAAGUCGAAAAACGCGUCCCCGUUCGGCGGACGGAGCGGCGGCGUCCUCUCCGGGUCGUCCCUCAGCGGCGUGGACGGCGGCGACGUCGCCGGCAGAGCAGGGCACGGGGGGAAGCCGUGGGACGGGAUGAACGGCAUCGCGGCGAAUUUACUUCUGAACCUCACCGCGGGGAUGCGGUUCGACGGCGCGUUGAACGUGGACAUCAACGAGAUCACGAUGAACUUGGUGCCGUUCCCGCGGUUGCACUUUCUGCUGUCGUCGAUGUCUCCGGUCGUGACGCCCGCGGACAGAGGGAUGACCGUCCCCGCGCCGAGAACUUUGGAUCAGAUAUUCUCGGAGGUGUUCUCCACGGACCGACAGCUCGCGAGCGUGGACCCGAGACGGAACACGUACAUGGCGUGCGCGUUGCUCAUGCGCGGCGCGGUGAACAUCUCCGACGCGAAUCGAAACGUGGAACGGUUGAAGAGGGGGUUGAAGAUGGCGCACUGGGUCAGCGACGGGUUCAAGGUUGGGCUGUGCGACCGCGCGCCGGUGAACUCGCUGUACAGCGCGACGUGUUUGGCGAACAACUGCGCGAUGCAGAAGCCGCUGAGCGCGAUCUGCGAGCGGUUCCACAAGCUGCGGAGGAAAAAAGUGUUUUUGCAUCACUACACCGAGUACAUGGACGUAGAGGACAUCGACGGCGCGGCGGCGAGCAUCGGGAGCUUAGCGGAGGAGUACGCGCGCGUGGACGCGAGUCGCGCACCGGACGCGGUGCCCUCCAUCGCGCCGCUGGGGUUUCGGUGA